CCAGAGAGUAGUUUAAUCAUUCUUUUGGGAUUCGUAGAAGUACUCCAUCAUAGAAGAUGAAAGUGUUUUUAACAAUUAUUUCCUUGUGAUUUGCUAAUUAAUAAAUUGUGAACUGCUUAAUUAUUUAUUUUUUUCGCCAAAAUGUUCAAAAAAUUGGGCAAAUACUUGGUCCUCCUCCUCACUGCAGUGCUAAUCCUCUCGAUUCUCGCCACCGUCAUUUAUUUUGUAUUUUUUCACGAGAAAAUACUCCGGGGGGCUGUCGUGACCAACGGUGGCACAUGUGCCCGCAUCGGCGCCUCGAUCCUUGCCAAAGGGGGCACCGCCGUCGACGCCGCCAUCGCCUCGCUCUUCUGUGACGGCGUUUCAGUGCCGAAUUGUAUGGGGAUCGGGGGCGGUUUCUUCAUGAACAUUUACAUCAAAGACAAGGGGGUGACGGAAUUCCUGGAUGCGAGGGAAGUGGCCCCGGGGGCCGCCAGUGAAAACAUGUUCGGAAGCAACCAGAGUCUGGCAAGUCGAGGGGGGCUCGCAGUGGCGGUACCGGGCGAGUUGAGGGGGUACUGGGAGGCCUAUAGGAGACAUGGGGGCAACGUGGCGUGGAGGGAGUUGGUGCAACCGGCAAUAGACUUGUGCAAAAACGGGAUUUUGGUCACGGAUUAUUUGGAGAAAAUGCUCGAAAGCCAAAUUGGGGUUAUUGCACAAGAUGAGUUUCUACGGGAGGUGUUUAUUGACCCGAAAACGAACAAGACUUACGUCAAAAAUCAGUAUGUUAGGAGGCCUAGACUGGCGAAAACGCUGGAAAUUGUGGCUGAGUACGGCCCUGAUGCACUUUAUAAUGGCGCCCUAACUGGGGGGUUUUUGCAAGAUAUACGCAACAAGGGUGGGAUUAUCACAGCUGAAGACUUGAUUACUUACAAGCCCCAAUGGAAAAAACCGAUACAAAUCAAGUUGCCUUUAAACCAGACUCUUUUCACCCCACCACCGCCCGGCUCUGGGGUUAUUUUAGGCCUAAUUAUGAACAUUUUGAAUGGUUUUUUGGACUUCUCCCAACCCAAGUCCAUAACAAACUGGCAACGAAUCGUCGAAAGUUUCAAAUUUGGGUUUGCAAAAAGAACAACACUUGGAGACCCGAAUUUCGUCAAAAUGGACGAGUUUGUUGGUAAUUUGACGUCGAAAUUCUUUGCCGAAGAAAUGAGAAAGCAAAUUUCUGAUAGUCAAACAGUCCAAAACCAGUCGUACUAUGGGGCCGAUGUGUACCAACCCGAGGACCAUGGUACUGCAAAUUUGUGUGUUUUGGCCCCCAAUGGCGAUGCUGUGGUGGUGACCAGUACCAUUAAUCUUGAUUUUGGGGCCGGUUUUGUGUCCGAAAGUACCGGAAUUAUUUUAAACAAUCAAAUGGACGAUUUUUCCUCCCCUAAUUUCCCCAACAGUUAUGGGGUACCACCCUCACCCAACAAUUACAUAAAACCGGGGAAAAAACCCGUUUCUUCGAUCCUCCCCUCUAUCAUCCUCGACAGUGAUGCCAACGUUCGGUUAUUGGUGGGGGGUUCCGGUGGUACCAAAAUUAUAACCUCAGUUGCUUUGGCCAUUGUGAAACACCUUUGGUUCAAUUACACGAUCGAAGAUGCGGUUGUUGAUCCCCGACUCCAUCAUCAACUUUUUCCAAUGAAGCUUUUCUUUGAGAAGGAAUUUGAGAAUGAUUUGGGUUUUGUAAAUGCGUUGCAUGAUUUGGGGCACGAUUAUGAAAUAUUGGGGCCCCCGAGGGGUUUUAAUACUGUGACUGCAAUUUCGAGGACGAAUGACACGGUGAGGGCCGCUUUUGAUCCCAGGAGGGGCGGUGAUAAAGCUUUUGUUGAGUGAAUAAGUUUUUGUAAAAAAUAAAAUUUUUACUGAUUUUACUUAAAUUAAUAAAAAAAAUGUACAAAAA